AUGGAUCCCUUGGAUGAUUUACUCGAACAAUUGGGUGACGUUGAAGAGGAGGAACUAACACCAGUCUCCAAAAUCAAGGAAAUCGAUAUUUUCGCCACCGAAUCGUCUUCUACAAUUUCCAAAGAAACAACUAGCGAAAUUAAACAUGAUAGUGAUGAAGAAGAUGAAGAAUUAUACACAAAACGGAGAGAAUUAUCAGAACAAGGAAUGCAACUAGAAAGUUGGUUGAAAAAGAAUAGCUCAACAUCAGGGCCGAAUUCAACAGAUGCCUGGAGAUCGAAAAAGAAAACUUUUCUGACCGGAUUAACUAGCAAGAAAGCAAAUGAAGAUGAGGAGGGAAAAACGACAACAUGUGUGGGAAUUUUUAAUUUCGAUAAAUUUCAAAUCUCCGUUCGAAAUCCAAAAAUCAGUUCACACAACUUUGGUGUGUUCACAGCUGGAAUGACAUGCGAAAAAUUGUCAAAUCUCAAGCCAACUUCAACAUUCAAAGAUUCUUGGUGUACAAUGGGUGUGAUUGUUGAAAAGGAAAUCACCAAAAAAUCAGCGAAUGGAAAUGAAUAUUUGAUUUGGCGGCUACAUGAUCUGAAAGAUUGUCAAUCUCCAAGUUAUAAAUUGCUGCUUUUUGGUGAUGCGAUAAAAGAACACUGGAAAUUAACAGUAAGAUAAAUUUAAAUUAGGAAAAUUAUUGAUUUUUUUGCAGCUUGGCACAGUUAUCUCUUUAAUGAGUCCUCAAUUAUCAGAAGAUAAUCAAACUUCAGGCAAGAGUAAGUUAAUUCCGAACCUGUUGGGAACACUGUUGUGUGAGCCAUAAAUGCAACUAUCCUUUCAGAACCAUCAGCGACUUUAAGAGUUGCAAAAUCGACAAAUAUCGUGGAAAUCGGAACGUCCGCACAUUUUGGAAUGUGUAAGGUAAGAAAUGAAGAAUUUUUGGCAGUGAGAAUUUAAAAUGAGAUCUUGUCACGUCUAAAAAUUAUUUUGGCGCCGAAUUUGAAAAUCAGAUUCUGGGCUCCCUCUUACAAUCAAAACCCUUUUAUUUUCUAGGGUGUCCGCCAACAAGACGGUCAACCAUGCAACAAUUUCGUCAACUCCUCACUCAGCGAAUUUUGUGUGUAUCACGUAAUGAACGCCGCUCGCAAAAUCGCCGCCAAACGUGGUACUUUCAACGCAGUGACUUGUGCACCAAAUCUUGGCGGUCUUUCGAUUCCCAAAAAAGUUGCGCGACCAAUUGGAACAAUGCCAAAAGGAGCUUUGCCCAUUCCUCAAUUAAAAGAUACAAUGAAGCCAUCAAAUUGUAAUUCUUUUGUAAAUGUAAAUGCAAAUAUGAAAACAACGACGAAAGAAGAGGAAAAAUCGACAUUGGAUGAAAUUUUGAAUCAAAGGGUGAGUGAAUUUGAACUUUAUACAACUUUGAAUAUAAGUUAUGACGUGGAAAAUUUAAUUUUUUGAAACAUCUUUAGUUCACAAGGCAUGUUUUAAAUGCAAAUUUUUACAAUCAGCAUUAAAAAACUAUAAAAAUCGAAUUAUGUACUUUAUGUUUGUCUUCCAGAAAAACACCUUCGCUGCGCGACAAUUUUUAAAAAUCCACGAAAAAUCAACAAUCGACAAGCCAAAAGUGGAAGAUUUAUUUUUCGAAAGAAAACCCGAAAAACAUUCGAGUUUCGGGGAUUUUUUGAGUUCUGAAAAAUCGAAAGAAACUGUCGAUUUGCAAGCUGGAACUGGUGGAAAAAAUUUGUGGAAAAAAGCACCGAUUGGGGCGAAAGAUGCGCAAGAACAUGCGGCAAGAUUGAGAGCAAUUGCGAUAUUGAAAAAACAAAAAGAGGAAAAAGAAAGAGGAGGAGGAAUAAAAAGAAAAGCAUUGGAACCAUUAAAAAAUGAUGGCAUGAAGAAAAUGAAAGAAAAUAAUGAGGAAAAAGAGGAUAAAAAUUCGAAAAUGGAUAGAAUAAGGGCUAUUUUGGCUAGGAAAAGCUUGCAUCAAGGAGAAGCUGAACAGGUUUAUCGAUUUUAUGAGUUAUGAAAAUUAUCAAAACACAAAAAUAUGACACGUUUUUAUAUAUCAGAUUCUGAGAAAAAAUUGUCUUGAAGUUCCACGUGGCAUUGAGAAUAAAAAAAUUAAGAUUUGUAGCAAAUCAAAUUUCCCUCCGGAUUUUUUUCACCGAUCAAAAUUGAAAAAAAACUCAGAAACUUCAUUUUUUCUUAUUUUCAGGCUGAAAGCGAUGCGAUUCAAAAACAUUUGUCAAGUAUGGAAGAACGCGAAAAAAUCGAGACAUUUACCACAACUUGUAUGGAAGUGAAAAAAGUUCGAGUUGUUACUUGCAAUGAGGUAUUUUUAUUAUCUAAUUAAUUAACUCAUUCAUCAAAUUCCCAAUUUUUCAGUGUAAAUACACUGCUCAAAGCGCUGCUCCAUUGUGCAUCGAAAAAUCGCAUAAAUUGACGAAACAUGAAGCGGAUAAAAGAUUCUUCAAAUGUUCUGCGUGUAAAAGAAGAGUUGUUUGUUUCGAAAUGAUGCCGGUUAAACCGUGUAAUGUGAGUGAUAUUUUAAUUUGUUUUCCAAAGAAACAUUAUCAAAAUUGACAGAAUAUCUGAAAUAUUUAUUUUUUGAAACGUAAAAAUAAUUGUUUUCAGUGACACUUUUUUUGUUUUAGAAAAAUUUAAUUUUCAGCCAACAAAACUGAAAAUUUGAAUUUUUUUGUGAUUUUUAUAUAUUUCGAAAUUUUAAAUGAAACAGAACAUUUUAAAAAUGUCUCCGAAGAGCACCCCAAUUUUUCCAGAAUUGUAACGAAAACAAAUGGAUUCGGGUUGCAAUGCGAGACGAGCGAAAAGUCAAAUUGGAAACCGAGAAUUUGAAAGUUCGUGGUGAAGAAAGACAAUUUGUGAAUAGUUGA